AUGUCAAGCGACAGCGAGGAAUCACUCAGCGAUCUCGUCGACAAUCUAGCAAAACCAGCCAAAACAGAACCAGCGCCACACCGUCAUUCGUAUGAUCAGCUUGAAGACGACACUGACGACCACGAUGACGACUCAGAUCUUGAAUCCAUUGCUCGAUCCCCCCGAAAAAGGACAACCCAUGAAAGCGAAGAGCAGCCACGGCAACGAAAACAGCAACAGCAACAGCAACAACAGCAACCACGAAAGAAGGCACGAUCGUCAUCGCCAAAGAGACAACCUUUUCGGGAGCCGUAUUACUUUCCAGAUAGCCAUCAAACCUUUGCUCGUGAGAUACAACAUCGGAUACAGGGACUCGUGAUGCGUGGUGAUUACGAGGAUGCGUGGAAGCUUCUAUGCAGCAUAGUUGAAACAGACAAGAUACCCAUCAUCUCAUUCUUUGAGCUUGCAUUAUGUCUGAUAAGGAAACUCAAAUUGGAAGAUCCCGCUCUAUUCUUACAUCGUGCAUUUAUCAGUACCCGAGGAAAGAGAGCGGUGGUCAUUUUUCGUGCCCUGAUCCGCGAGUAUAUCGACCAAAAGCAAUUCGAACGAGCACGAGAAGAAAUCGACCUGAUGCAACACAAAUAUUACAUUGAAGAUGCAGAGAUUCAACGACUAUCAGCCAUCGUCAAUUAUCAAAUAUGGUUGAUGAAUCAGGAGGAUAGGGGCGCUAUUAGCAAUGCACGUACCGCCUUGACAACAGCAUAUCGAUCAUCACCUGAACACACUUCUAUUGUUGCCAUCUAUCUCAAGUUUUUGAACACCCUGGAUCCAAAGCAAGCGCAGGACGUAGCUAAAGAGGUGUUGGAAGAGGCUAGCAAGGAGAACAGCAUACGAAGAAUGAGGAUCGCUCUUCUAUAUUAUCAACCACCAUUGGAUCAAGGGGAGCAUUGGUUAGAGAUCAUGCUACCGCUUCAUCGCAUCGACCCAGCCACUGACCCUGACGUAUUCGCGAAGCCAUACUUGAAGGUGCUACGGCACAUUUAUCAAAAUCACCCUGAAAAGAAACAACUCAAGACCGCAUCCUUUUACAAUGUCGUAUCUAUGCUUUUGGAUCGGAUAGAAGCUGGUUGCGUGGAUGAAUGGACCAUCAACAAACUCGAAAAGUAUUGUGAACGAAUGAGACAAGAUGAUGAUGCGCUAAGAGUUAUGAUGACUACAAGGAAUGCUUUGAGGACCGUGAAUCGUGUAUUGGUGAAGAAAAAGGACCCACAGCACAGAGGGAUUAGAAAAAUGAUAUACCAGAUAAUAAAACCUUGA